AUAUAUUAUUGUUAAAAAAUGUCAAUCGUAUGAUAUAGUUUUCUUAAUUAAAUUUCAACUCGCCGCCGAUUCGCGAAACGAUCAUUUAAGCUCGUAAGCACGGAAGUACAGCGCAUGUCGUCGCAUUUACAAAAUUGUGAAAUCGCUCGUUUCGCAACAGCUCCGGCAUCCGUCUCGUGAUUUUCCUCCACAAGCAUAAAAAAACACGUUUAUCCCCCUCUACACUUUACAAUCGUCCAAUCAUCGUUCUUUCAGGAGUUCAAAGCAUGUAGACUUUUUCAAAAUGUUCGUAUCCCACAAGGGUUGCAAGAGUCUUCUUACCGCAUAUGCCCUUUUGUGCGUAUUCGAGCCACUUCUGGCGCAUGUAUAUCCGUAGCCGUGACGCGUUGCACACAAACUCCGCCCUGUGUACACAUGCCGUCAACCCACACCAUUUAACCUUGCUCAGUAUAGAGUGUGACGGUGUGAUCACGUAAAGCGCGCACACGACGGUAUCGAAGUUGUGUUAGAGCACACAGUGUGUGCCAGCCGUGGUACGGCACCACUGGCGCGCCUCUACCCCGGCUUUAGCAUCGAUUUCCAGUCGGACGACCCAGCGCGAUCGAGCGAACGGUGCGCGCCUUCACGAGGAGGUAUCGAGCGCGUCCGCUGCUCGUGAGAGUCUACGAAGAGGGGUCGCGCGAGAAAUAAUACAGUUUGUCGUCAAAACGAAUUUCACAACAAUGAAAUAUUAUAUAUGAUAAAAUGCAUUUCACAUUAUCCAUUCCUUCGUUUUACGUAUUAGGAAAAAUAGAUCAGAAAUAAAAGAGAAAUAGAGAUAUAUAGAAGGCUAGAGAAGGAGAGAGAAAGAGAGAGAGAGGGAAUGAGUGGGAGCGGAUCUAUGUAGAGGGGAGAUAGGGUCGGGCGCUUUAGUGGUGGUGCAGUGUCCCGAGAGGUAAGAGGAAAAGGGGACGAGCAGAAGGCAGCGAAGGCGCUGCCCUCAGUCGGUCGGCCGUUUCACUACAGUCAGUAUACAGUGAGAGCAAACGAUUGGCUAUACGUGGUCUUUGCUUAAGCGCGCACUACACUCCGUGUGUUCCCGUUUUUCGAGUGAAGGCUUCGAGCUUCGUUCUGCCCGCUCUUUCGCUCGCUCGGUCGGUCGGUCGUGAGUAUGCGCGCGCGCACUCACACGCGCUCAACCAAAUAGGCAGACAGAGAGACACAGUGUGAGGAGUCGUGCAGAGACAGGCGCGCGUACAUAGCCAUCGAACGUGGUGAUUCGUACGGAGGUGGACGUGUGAUAGAGUUAAACCGAGGCCAUUUCUCGCGAAGGAAAAAGACAGCGGCCGUUCAUCGCUGUCCUUGUUGUCUUCAUCAUCAUCACCGUCAUCUUUGUCGUCGAUGAGAUCGUCAACGGGAUUUUGUCGACGCUUCAGCGUGAAAUUUUCCUGCUUGACUCGAAGGUAUAUAAACAAUUAUAUGAGAACCGUCCGUACAACAAGUUCUGGCAAACACGAGAAUCAAAAACAAUCGUGAGUAAAUAGAGCGAAAAGGGGGUACGUACCCUUACGGACUCGCGUGUAUAGUCGCGCGGACGAUUGAAGUACGCUAGAAGCCGUGUGUAUUCCGAGAGUUCUACCGUAGAUGUGUGAGUACGAAGAGUACUGAGAGGUGGGGGAGAUACAGUCUAUACUUCGCGGACAUCCGGCGGGGAAACCGCAUGUAUUCGUACGAAGCUCUCUGAGAGAGCGAGGGAAAAAAAAGAAGAAGGAUCUGGCGCCGAGGGAAACCCGGGUGUUCUCAAGUGCUCGACAGAGACUUGAGAAGAGAAAGGAGGUUCUUUUCGUUUCGAUUGCCGCCGUAUCUUUCACGUUAUUGUCGUAUUUAAAAGAAUAAAAUUGUAAUAUUACUUUUAUAGAAGUUGAUCCUAUUAUUUAUCGUUAUCCCGUAUCGUUGAUCCUCGUGCAUGCGUGCCCGCACGCAACGGUUGAAAUUUUCUGUACAAAUAAUAAGGGUGGUGGAAAAGAGGUGGAAGGACGUGACGGAGAAAGAGAGAGAGGUAUUAAGGGGAAAAGAGAGAAAUCAGAAACACGCCGAGCAGUGCUGCUCCCUAUUGGCGACGUCGAGUCGCGCUCCCCACCCGGGACAGUCGAACGAGGUCCGAAGGCGAGUUCUCGGCGUGCAGCUACGGUGAUUUUCCCUUACGAGAGUGUACGCACGAGACCUCGUAGCUCUGCAACACAUCACGUUCCGUGUAAACAUCUUUGUACGUAUAAUAUAUCGUGACUAGUAUCAAGCUAGAACAUCAUCCUGGAAACGUGAAGAAAUAUAUUUCAAGGAAAUCGAAAAACAGCCAGAAGGAGAAAGAGAUAGAAAGAGACUGGUAGUGAAGUCCGCUUUAUACGCGUGCUAUCGUCGAUAUUUUCUUUCUCACCGAUCAACUGUGUGUGCGCCGAUCGUGAACGCGUCCCACGCGUGUGUCGCGUAUCACCGCCGCCGGUGAAACCGAGAGAAUUCGAAC